AGCUCCCCUCCCUCCCUCCCCUACCUCGCUCCUGUGCUGCUUUCUGGCCUCCCUUUUAUUGCUACUCCCCUCCCCUCCCCUCCGUCCGUCCGUCCGCUCUAUACUCUACUCGCUUUUGGCUUGGCUGCCGUGGUGUGGUGUGGUGUGGUGGACGGUUGGUUGGUUGGUUCCCUGCUUGACACCCAACCCGGAGCCCACGAGAGAUAGCAGAGCGAGCGAGCGCCGGGCCGGGGUAGGGGCAGUACCACACCACUGCAUCGUCCGUCCGCCCGCCCGCCCGCCCCCAACACCAGAGAGAAAGAGGACGCCACGCAGUGGGCGCGCCAUAAAGGAGCGGAGCCGAGCCGACGGACGGACGGACGGAGGCCACCGAGAUCCGGGACCGAGCGCCGCGAGAUCCGCCGCUAAAGCUGUCUUCUUGCUGGCGUGCUGCUGGUGGCGGUAGCACCUCGGCCGCUUGGUGCCCAUGGCGCGGGUCGACGCGCGCGCGGUCGAGGAGGAGUUCUUCGACUCGAGGGAGGUCGUGUCGCCGCCGUCCUCCGUCGCCUCGCCGGCCAGCUCCGGCCGCCUUGACGGCGAGGACGGCGACGGGUGGCUCUCCGCCGGGGCCCUGCUCGAGGUCUGGGCCACGGGCCCUUGCAGCAGCGUGGAGGAGCGCCGCCAGCGCUUCGUCCGCUCCCUCGGCCUCCUGGAUCCCGCCCACGAAUCACAGCCGCGCUCCUGGCCCGGCGCCACAGAGGAGGAGAUCGUCGUCCUGGGGAACACCGGCUCCGCGGACCCGGCCUCUCCCGCCCCUCGUCCCUCGCGCGGGGCCGGGGAGGAGGAGGCGGAGGAGGCGGGGGCGCCUGGCGGAAGCGGCGAGGAGGGCCUGGAGUGCGUGUUCAAGAACCUGGACGACGGCACGGUCUUCGUGGUCCACGAGCUGGGCAAGGACGGCAGCUUCCGGAGCCUCAGGGAGCGCCGCUCCAACCGGACGGUCACCGCCGCGGAAUUCGAGAGGAUCUCCGGCUCCUCCCCGUUCAUCCGCGAGCUGAUGCGCCGCGUGGAGGACUCCUCCGACGAGCCCUCCACCCCGGACAAGUCCGCGGCGGCGAGGGCGAGGCGCCGGAGGAGGAGGCGGAGGUUCGGGUGGCUCCGGAGGCUGGGCAUCGGCGCCUGCGUCCUCGACGCCGAGGACGAGGACGAGGCCAAUUCCACCUCCUCCAGCUCCUGCCGGAGCUGCUCUAGGAAGGUUCUUGACAGGGUCAAGGUCAGGCCACACAAGAAGCGGUCAAAGGAAUUGUCAGCGGUGUACAGGGGCCAAGAGAUCAAGGCGCACAAGGGCGCCAUUGUGGCCAUGAGGUUCAGCUCCGACGGGCAGUACCUGGCCACCGGUGGCGAGGACGGGGUGGUGCGGGUGUGGCGGGUGGUGGAGGGCGACAGGCCCGACGAGCUCGACUUCGCCGAGGACGAUCCUUCCUGCGUCUUCUUCACUGUCAAUGAGAACUCUGAACUGGCCCCUGUCAACUCCAGCGAAGGGACCAAGAACAAACAGGAUAAAAGUUCAAAGGGGCAAGCAGAUCCGGCCUGCGUCGUGAUUCCUCACCGGACCUUUGCGCUGUCUCAGGUCCCUGUGCAUGAAUUCUAUGGGCAUGAUGAUGCCAUCUUGGAUCUCUCGUGGUCCAAAAAUGGGGACUUGCUUUCUGCUUCUAUGGAUAAAACUGCUCGAUUGUGGCGGGUCGGAUGCAAUAGUUCUCUCAAGGUUUUCUUCCACAAUAACUAUGUGACAUGCGUUCAGUUUCACCCUACGAGUGACAAUUAUUUUAUCAGCGGUUGUAUCGACGGAUUGGUUCGCAUUUGGGAUGUCCGUAAAUGCCUAGUUGUAGACUGGGCUAAUAGCAAGGAGAUAAUAACCGCAGUCUGUUACCGGCCUGAUGGAAAGGGGGUAGUGGUUGGGACCAUAACAGGAAAUUGCCGCUACUACGAUGCAUCAGAAAAUCGUCUAGAACUGGAAUCUCAGGUCUCUCUGAAUGGCAGAAAGAAGUCUCCACUUAAAAGAAUAGUUGGUUUCCAGUACUGCCCAUCUGAUCCAAAGAAGUUGAUGGUAACAUCUGGUGACUCACAAGUUCGCAUUCUUGAUGGGGUUCAUGUAAUUUCCAACUACAAAGGAUUACAAAGUUCAAGCCAAGUUGCCGCAUCAUUUACCCCAGAUGGAGAUCACAUUAUCUCUGCUAGUGACGACUCCCGUAUCUACAUGUGGAAUCAUGUGAACCAACUUGCCCCAGUCACAAGCCGCGUGAAGACAGUGUGGUCGUACGAGCGGUUUUUCAGCAAUGAUGUCUCCAUUGCCAUACCGUGGAACGCCUCGCAGUCAAGGAACUCCAUUUCACUGGCCUGCAACAUCCCUUCUUUACGGCAGGAAGUCUCAGGCGACCUCUGCGACAUACAGGACAUCACAUCACGCUGCCAGACUGAAGAUUGCCUUGAAGACGAUAACAUGUUCCGGUUGCCAUCGGGCAAUUUCACUCUUAGCAGGGCGUUCCUUGCGGAGUCUGCUCCAAGGGGAUCAGCCACGUGGCCGGAGGAGCAUCUGGCGUCCAACUCAGCGACGGCAUCUACGUUGCGUAAAUCGCAGUACAAGUUCCUGAAGGCGUCUUGCCAGAAUGCAGCCACACAUGCCUGGGGCCAGGUCAUAGUCACCGCAAGCUGGGAUGGCCACAUCAGGUCAUUCCAGAACUACGGCUUACCGGUGCAAGUUUGACAUGGCGUCUUCUCUCACCAUUGCUUCACCAGAAGGGGCGGCGCCUCAUGAGUUCAUGCCGGCUCAAGAAGCCUGGCUGGCUGGAGCUUGACGCUCGUCCAGAUAUACUGUUGCGGUACAAAGCGUCACAUCACAUGGCUGGUUUCUUGUGCUAACAUGCUUGUGGACCAUAAGUUGUAUGUAGCCCGGGUGGUCCUCCAAGAUCCCGCCAGCAACGACGAUGCUGCUGUAGCAGUAGCCAGGCCCUCUUCCUUGGCUGAAUCAUGCAAGCCCUAGUGAUGGGGUCUGGGCAACCAAGGCCUCUUGAUGAUGUUUGUUUUCUCUGUUGUUCCGGAGCCCUCCGUAAAUAUAUAGGAGAGAAUGGAUGAACAUAUGUUUUUGGCCAGUUUCGACUUCCCUCGCCCCGGUCGGUCGGGGCGGGCGGGGAGCUAGCUAGGGCUCGAUCUCCAGGAUGGAGUGCACAUAUUGGAUUCAUUUGAUUUGUUGUUUGGUUUUGGUUGUGUGACUGAGUUAAUGUUGUUGUUGUUGUUGUUGU